ACUCUGCUGGGCAGCUCGGAAAAGGAGUUUUUCUACAACGAGGACACUCAGGAGUAUUUCUUCGACAGGGACCCGGAGAUGUUUCGGCACAUUUUGAACUUCUACCGCACUGGCAAGCUUCACUACCCGAGGCAGGAGUGCAUUCAGGCCUUCGACGAGGAGCUGGCGUUUUACGGCAUCGUGCCGGACAUUAUCGGCGACUGCUGCAUGGAAGAGUACAGGGAUCGCAAGAAAGAGAACCAGGAACGUUUGGCCGAGGACACGGAGGCCGAGAUGGCGACGGACACCCCUUUGCCACCACACAGCACACAUCGGGAACGUUUGUGGCGCGCCUUUGAAAACCCCCACACGAGCACCAUGGCUCUCGUUUUCUACUAUGUCACAGGUUUCUUCAUUGCCGUCUCGGUUAUAGCAAACGUGGUGGAAACUGUCCCCUGCCGACCCCUCAAAGGCAGCAAGAAAGACUUGCCAUGUGGCGAGAAGUACUCGCUGCCGUUUUUCUGCAUGGACACGGCCUGCGUCCUCAUCUUCACAUUCGAAUACGUCAUGAGGCUUUUCGCCGCGCCCAGCCGCUGCAAGUUCAUGCGCUCGGUCAUGAGUGUAAUUGACGUCGUUGCCAUCAUGCCCUACUACAUCGGCCUGGUCAUGCCUGAG